AUGGAGGACACAGGCCCAGUUACCCAGGAGCCUCCUAAGAUGGUCUGUAAAUAUGAAGAGGUGAGUGAUGAGGAGGAAGAGAAGAAUCACACACGACACAUCGGCCUCCAUUUCAUGAAUAACUUGGAGAGAAGAAGUGUGGACAUCAAGGAAGAGGACUGUGAAUGGGAAUAUGUGCCCUUUUCUCAGGACUGUCCUACCAUUAAGGAGGAGGACUGUGAAUGUGAGCCAACAUUUGACAGCAGUGACAUGCAGGAAACUGAAAUAAGAAGUGUGAAAAAAGAAGAAGUAAAAUGGGAGUUUGUGUCUCAGCAGGCGAGUUCAGAUGUCACAGGAUCAGGUCUCACUCUGAAGAGUCCGCACACCCUGCAGUGUCACUCUGUCCUCGUGAAGUCCGAGUGUUUGGAGUCUGACGUGACCAGGAUUAAGAAAGAGUUAAGUUCCUGUCCUUCUGGAGAAGGUUUACAAGAAAGUGACACCCUCUCUCCAUCAUCAUCUCCUCUUCACUGCAAACUGUCUCAAAAUGAAAACAUAAAGAAGCCGGAGUCUGAAGUAGAGAAAUGUGGCAAACAGUUCUCCAGGAGUUACUCUCUGCAUUAUCAUAGAAGAAUUAACACUGGAGAGAAUCAAUUUUGCUGUUCUGACUGUGGUAAGCAAUUCUCCAGAAAUAGCUAUCUUCAUAUCCAUAGACGGACUCACACUAGUGAAAAUCCAUAUUGCUGUUCUGACUGUGGUAAACGAUUUCACACCAGUGGUAAUCUUCAAACUCACAGAUGGGUUCACACUGGAGAGAAGCCAUAUUCCUGUACUGAAUGUGGCAAACGGUUCUCCAGGAGUGACACUCUUCAUUCUCAUAGAAAAAUUCACACUGGAGAGAAACCAUAUUGCUGUUUUGACUGUGGUAAACGAUUCUCUAGAAAUAGCAGUCUUCAAAACCACAGACGGAUUCACACUGGUGAAAAGCCAUAUUCCUGUACUGAAUGUGGCAAACGGUUCUCCAGAAGUGACACUCUUCAUUCUCAUAGAAAAAUUCACACUGGAGAAAAGCCAUAUUUCUGUACUGAAUGUGACAAACAGUUCUCCAGGAGUGACACUCUUCAUUCUCAUAGAAAAAUUCACACUGGAGAGAAACCAUAUUACUGUUCUGACUGUAAUAAACAAUUCUCUACAAGUAGAGGCCUUCAGGUUCACAGACAGAUUCACACUGGUGAAAAGCCAUAUUCCUGUUCUGACUGUGGUAAACAAUUCUCUACAAGUAGCAAUUUUCGAAGCCACAGACGGAAUCACACUGGUGAAAAGCCAUAUUCCUGCAAUGAAUGUGACAAACAGUUCUCCAGGAUUGACAAUCUUCAUUCUCAUAGAAAAAUUCACACUGGUGAAAAGCCGUAUUUCUGUUCUGACUGUGGUAAACAAUUCUCUAGAAAUAGUAAUCUUCAAACCCACAGACAGAUUCACACUGGUGAAAAGCCAUAUUCCUGUUCUGACUGUGGUAAACAAUUCUCUACAAGUAGCAAUUUUCGAAGCCACAGACGGAAUCGCACUGGUGAAAAGCCAUAUUCCUGCAAUGAAUGUGGCAAAGGGUUCUCCAGGAGUGACACUCUUAAUUCUCAUAGAAAAAUUCACACUGGAGAAAAGCCAUAUUCCUGUCCUGAAUGUGACAAACAGUUCUCCAGGAUUGACAAUCUUCAUUCUCAUAGAAAAAUUCACACUGGUGAAAAGCCGUAUUUCUGUUCUGACUGUGGUAAACAAUUCUCUAGAAAUAGUAAUCUUCAAACCCACAGACAGAUUCACACUGGUGAAAAUCCAUAUUGCUGUUCUGACUGUGGUAAACGAUUUCACACCAGUGGUAAUCUUCAAACUCACAGAUGGGUUCACACUGGAGAGAAGCCAUAUUCCUGUACUGAAUGUGGCAAACGGUUCUCCAGGAGUGACACUCUUCAUUCUCAUAGAAAAAUUCACACUGGAGAGAAACCAUAUUGCUGUUUUGACUGUGGUAAACGAUUCUCUAGAAAUAGCAGUCUUCAAAACCACAGACGGAUUCACACUGGUGAAAAGCCAUAUUCCUGUACUGAAUGUGGCAAACGGUUCUCCAGGAGUGACACUCUUCAUUCUCAUAGAAAAAUUCACACUGGAGAAAAGCCAUAUUUCCAAAGAAAUGGAAUAGAUUCAAAGUGGAACAUAAUCUCUAAUAAUGAGAUACUGGCAAGGACUGUGAAAGUUUUGAGAAAUUAA